AUGCCUCAAGCUCAGCCUGAAUUGAAGAAGUACAUGGAGAAGCGGGUCUUCUGCCAGUUGAACGGAAACCGCAAAGUUAUUGGCCUCCUCCGUGGUUACGAUGUUUUCAUGAACAUUGUCCUUGACGAGGCUUUCGAGGAGAAGGCUGGUGGUGAGAAGGUUUCCAUUGGAAUGGUGGUCAUUCGCGGUAACUCGGUCGUCAUGAUUGAGGCCCUUGAGCGGAUAAGCGACAAAUAA